AUGAUGAUUCAGACUUCAACAUCUAGUUUACUCCAUGAUCCCUUGCAUAUACCUGCAGAAACAACAAUUAAUAACGAGUCCGGAGAGAAAGACACGUGUCAAUCACAAAGCAAAGGCAAAGAAGCAGUCUUGCAUGAUCAAGAUCAUGGCUCGAGUGGUCGUGGUGGUGGUGCAGCUAAGAAACAAGACCAUAACGCUAAGGAGCGUCUAAGGAGGAUGAGACUUCAUGCCUCUUACCUCACUCUCGGCACUCUUCUCCCUGAUCCUUCUUCUUCUUCCAAGAAGAAAUGGUGUGCACCGUCUAUAAUGGAUAGAGUGGUCACUUACAUUCCAAAUCUACAUAAAGAAGUUGAAGAGCUAACACUUAGAAAGAACCAGCUUGUAGAAGCGAUCGAGAGGAAAAGGGCCUUGGAUUUAGAGCCACAAGCUCCUCACAUUCGAGCAAUCUCGGUUCUCGAAUUGGGAGGAUCAGGUGAUGAGGUUGUUGUGCAGAUAUGCAUGACAAAGGAAAAAGAAGACGAGUUCUCGAAUUUGCUUCAUGUAAUAGAGAUGCAAGGUUUUAGUAAUUUAAGUGCUUCUACUUCUCAAGUGUGCCGGGAUCAAAGGGUGGUUUGCUACAACUUCCAUGUUAAGAUGGAGGAGAAGCAGUGUGGAGGUGAUUACAUCGCAGUGUUGAAGAACAACAUCAUUUCUUCGCUCUCGUGA